UUUAGGAAAAAUCAAUGCAGUCGUAUCUCACUAUGUCGACGCCUAAUAAAGAUGCAACUUUACUUUGCCUGCUAGUUGCUCUACUAAGUAAUAGCAUCUGCUCUGUUGCCACUUUUGAUGCUAGUAUGUUGCGUACCAUUGGUGGUCAAAUUUCAGGACCAGGACAGGUUCCGUAUGUAGUGGCCUUGACCCUGAAUGGAUUUCGUCAUUGUGGCGGUGCUUUGAUCUCAGAGACAAUCGUCCUAACUGCUGCUCAUUGCACUUGGGGCUAUCAACCAAGCCAAAUGAAUGUUAUUGCAGGCAUAAACGAUCUGAAUAGUCUCGUUGGACAAGUUCUCGAUGUUGCUGAACUUAUUAACCAUUCACAGUUCAUACCUGGGCAGUGGGAUUACGACAUUGCAUUGGUUCGUUUGAGUAGCCCUGUAAAGUUCGACGGUAAGGUGCAAAAGAUUCCAUUGGCAGAUUCCGAUUCCGAAUAUCCGGGAAAUAAGGUGGGAACUGUGAGCGGAUUUGGUGCCAUAAAUAAGAAGCUCGAUGUGCAAACAUUCCUGAGAUCCGCCCAGGUUCCAAUUUGGGGUCGGUUAUAUUGUAAUAAGAUAAUUCCUGACAUUAUGGAUCGAAAGCUUUGCGCAGGAAAUAGGAGUGGAUUGGUGGGUGCAUGCCAAGGAGAUUCUGGUGGUCCCCUGUCCGUGGAUGGCAAACUCUUUGGCGUUGUAUCUUGGGGAUAUAAUUGUGGCACAGCUGGUGAGCCAUCCGUCUACUCUUAUGUACCUGCCUAUCGUUCAUGGAUCUAUCUAAAUUCUCAAGUAUAAAAAGUGAUUAAAUAACAAAAUUUCUAAACAGGAACCAAAGAGAAGAUAGAAAUAAUAAAAAUCAGGAAAACAAAUAAUA